UUAAAAAAAAUUACAAAAAUGCCACUUAAGUUAAAAAAUGUUUAAGAAAUGUAAAUGGCACUUAAUAACAUUGUUAUCGCUUAAUGACAUUAUUAUCGGAAUUAUAUAUAUAUUGAAUUUUCAGAGGCUUUAUGGUAGUAUAUUCGAAUUCAAACACGAUACCUUCUCUCUAAAAACUCUCUAGAAACAAUACGUAAAGUUAAACAAGCUAGAACUCUAGAUCGAACAUCAAUGGCAUACCAAGACGUGCAUGAUAACGAUCCGGACUUUGAAAAUUUAGGAGAUAAUAUAGAUUAUUCUGAUAGAUUUGUUACCGAUAGAGAAUUUGAUUCUGUAGAUGAUUUACAUACUUGGGCUAAUGAGAUAGCACUAACAAUUGGAUUUCAAUUUACACGUGCUUCAUAUAAAAAAAAAGAAGGGCGUUCUAGAGUGAGUCUGUACUUAAGAUGUCACCGUUACGAUAAAAGAAGUGUUGAUUUGCAUAACUUAGACAAUGCUCCCCGACCAGGUUCCAAAAGUAGGGUCAAUGAGGAGAGAAGAGAUGGAUGGUAG